AUGAAUGUAUUGUUUGCGUACGAGAACAGAACCAACUUAGAUCCGGGUUCAAGGAAUUCAACUAAAAGGAACAUUUGGGCCGGAAUCGCCGAUGAAAAUGGAAAUCUACUACAAAGUGUGCCUUUGAUUGAGAACGAAGAAAUAGGUGAGGUCAACGGGAUACUUGAGAUUAAAAACACGGGUCAUCAGUUGGUGGCCAAUGGUGAUAACUUUGUAUACGUUUAUUACCGAGGGAUUUCGGAGAGGUGUAAUACAAUUGCGUGGAAGGUGUAUAAAGAUAAAACUCUGGUAGGUUCAAAUCAAUUUAACACCACUGUAGAAUAUGGAUGCGUCAAAUCCUCUAAUGCCAUUCCAACGAUGGACGGUGGAUUCUUGAUCGUUUGGUCGGUUACAAUUCCUCCUAUAAACACGAACGGUUCGAACUCGCAACGAGCCCAAAGUCAGGUGUAUGCUGUAUUCCUGGUACCAGACAGCGCCAGCAUCAAGACCAAUCCGUUCGUGAUAUUUACGGGUGUCGCGGCACGCGGGAUAGAAAUUCUAGCGUGCGCGGGAUCUGAGAUUGGGAAGGGAUUUAACUGUUUCUUGAAAUUAUUAACAAGUGAGAACAAGAGUGGAAAUCCAUAUCAAGUCACUUUUUUAUCAAGUGGGAUGGUUUAUGAUGUUAUAUACCUCGGAUCGAAUACCACAAAUGUCCAGGCAUCUUUUGGAGAUUGGUUUGCCUUGCCUUUAAAUAAUAUAGAUCAGAGAUUCGACUUUAAAAAUCCUUCGACGCAAGGUAUCAUCAAUGUUUUUUCAACGGAUGCCACAGACGUACCAACAACAUCUGACUCCACGUCUUUUAACUUAAGCCUCAAUUAUCGGGGUCGAGUCGUGCUUUCUGGUCGUGGCAGCAUAAACGUAUAUCAAUCAGGAUACGAUGAAGUACCGAGGCUAACGAUACCUAGCAGCUUUAUAACAGUCAUUAAUAACCUUAAUUUCACCACCUUCGAGGUGGAUUUGUUUCCGAGUACAUUGAAUCUUCCGAAUACAGAGUAUUACGUUACGGUGGAUGAUGGAAUGGUGCUGAAUGCGAAUUUGUUCGAACCUUUGCCCGGUAUAAAGCCUGGUGUUUGGAAUUUCACUACUGCUUUUGAGAAAACUUUAUACUCUGUGGUCCUUAGGUUUGACCCUAAGUCCAGACAGAACUUUGUCACGAAUACUUCUGCAACGUUAAAGGAAAUUCACACAGAGAUCUCGAGGUUCCUUCCUGUAGAGAUUGAACGCAUAUCGACUCCCAACUCUGCAUGGUAUUACGACCAAGGAUUAGAUCACGAUUACAUUUUAGUUCCCAUCACAAUUGAACCUGGAGACCCACCGCCAUUAAGACUCUCUUCUGAUCUCGAAGAUUUGAUUUUUAACCUACCAUUCACCAACAUGAAGAAUGGAACCUUAACAUCCAUGUUAGAUUCAAAAUAUGGAGCACAGAUUCAAUCCAAUUUUUGGGUUGAAAACAGAGCCGUGUUGAUACUGGCAGGUGUCGCGGUUUUAUUGGUUAUAUUAUUGUAUAUUGCCGCAGAGUGGAAAGAUCCUAAUGCCAGAAAUUUCGCCGUACCCCAAUUUGUCUUGAUACUGGCGGACUUCUCUCUAGCUGGCACGGUGAUCAGAGAAGCAUUUUACAACGAAGAAUUCUUGCGUUGGUUCAAGUUGAAUACCGCUAUCGCGUCGGCAUUCACGGUGUUGGGAUCAACGGAAGUUGAGGUGCUGAGCAUUUUGAAUUCGAGAGUUGGUGGGAUUAAAACAUUGCAAGCUCCGUGGAGCGAUCGAGCAACAACAGCGUCUCUGGUGAUACUACACGCGAUCGUCGAUAAAUUAUAUUUAGGCAUUGCAAGAUGGCGAAAAUCGAAGCAUCAAUAUGAAUCACCGAAGGGUGGUGAAGAGGCAUGGAGGGAAUUAAUGGUCGAAGUUGAUAAAUUUGCAAAGGAAUAUCAAGAAAAAUCUCGUAAGAGCAUUGCAGCUGCCGAGAAAAGAGCGAGAGAGAAGAAAGACAGUGGCAGUAGUCGAGGAUCCAUAUUGAAAGGAGGAAAUUAUAGAGACAAAGGGAAAAAACGAGAGGAUGAUGGCGGAAACGGUGGCGCUGUGAGUAUGGCCGGUAGUGGCGCAGAGCGAAAGAAUGCCUCGCAGGCUGAAAUCUUCAUGGCAAGAUUGACGAGAUGUAUUUACAAGAUUUAUGUCAGGAAGUUGGACGGUGCUGAGAUCAUUCCAAUAAGUAGUAACAAGGAGGGAACUUAUAUGGUGUACAAAAAGUCCUCCUUGAUGGAGACGAUGUUGGUAGGCGUGAAAAUGCCUAUAACAUGUGUUACCAAAAAUCCCGUGAUUCCCAAGUUUAUUGCGAAGCUAAUUUCACCAAAAUUGCGCGACUCCUGGGGGAAAGAAUCGCAUCUUUCCGAUACGGCUGACGUAAUGUUUAUAAUUGGUGAAGACGGCGAAAAAUUGUUUGCAAACAGUGCAAUCCUUGCCAAGAAAUCCAAGUAUUUUGGAACCUUAUUCGAAGAAAAUUUUGGCGAUUGUGUCCCAAUAAAUGAAAGUUUGUUGGAAGGAAAGGAUAGAACCUCUCAACAGCAAUAUGAAAUCAGAAUCCUUGAUUUCUCUUAUGAAACUGUACUUCAGAUGCUUCGAUUCAUCUACACCGGAGAGGCAUACAUAUCAACUAGGGAAGAAAUUUAUGAUAUUUUCAGCAUAGCAGAAAAAUACAUGGUCACCGCACUAAAACAUAAAUCCAGAAGAAUUAUAUCAGGACUGCUCAACGUUGAAACGGCAGCCGAGAUCUUGUUCAAGCACGCAUGGAAGCAUCCAGAGUUGAAAAGAGAGGUGAUGGACUUUAUGAUCAAGAAUUUUUCUCAAGUCAGAAAGACGGAUGGGUAUAAGAGAUGCGUUAGAAAUUAUACCGAGUGUCCAAUGUUUUCGGUGCUAAAAUUUGAGAUUCUGAUGGCUUCUCUACCGGAGCCUUGA